AUGGCGAGAUUUGCUUUUCAAGAGCAGUCUCUGGCUCUGGGCGCUGCGCAAGUGCUGUACCUCUAUGCGUGGUUCACCAGGACAGGCGACAUCAUGCGCGAGAACAUUGUUCUGUCCGCUCAGCUCUUCGAACUCAGUAUCAACUAUGCGGGGUGCUCCCGUGACUUACCGACGGAACACUGGUUGCAGCUCGGGUGCGACAUUCGCUUCGGUCAGCCCGCCAUUUUGUACGCCUGGCUGCAAGAGACGGAGCCAAGUGGCUCCACCUUGACCUCCAUCUACCGGGAACGUGCCACCCAGCUCUUGGAGUAUCUGAAGACGGUGCCGCGAUUCGCAGACGCCGGAAAAUCCUGGACCUCUCCCUGGGACAUGAACUUCAACCAGCUUCGAUACCCAGACAUACCAGCUAAGCCAAUCUGGAACGCCAGCAAAGUACCCCUGGCCGUGUUUCUUGAGGAACAUUAUGGAACUUUUCGUUCCGAGCUUGAAGGCAUCAUAAAUGCUGUGGAUGUUGAAGAUGGUUAUGAAGCGAUACGACGGGCAGAUGUAUCCGUCGAGUCGCUCUCUACACCUGGUGGUUGGGAUGCGAUUCGAAUCGUUCGAUAUGGCAACUGGAAUGACGCCUUCUGCAGCUUCGCGCCAAAGACUUGCGCGCUUUUAAAAACUCGCAAAGAGUUGGUGAACUGCCCUUAUGUCAACACCAACUACUACAAGCUGUUCCCAGGUGCACACUUGAAACCGCACUUCGGAAACGCGCCCCGCCUGACGGCUCACCUUGCAGUCAUCGCUCCGGAGCCUCUCCGGUCAGGCAUCAGCGUCGGACCGGCACAGAGCCUGUGGAUUGAGGGCAAAUCCAUGGUCAUUGACGACACCUACCCUCAUUCGGUGAGCCACUGGGGCCAACACCCUCGCUACGUUCUAGCUACCUGGUUUUGCCAUCCUUGUGAUGAGAAUCAUGACAGUGGCCAGGUAUGUGCAGAAAGCUUGUAG